AUGAAUAAAUACAAAAAUUAUUCGUCAUAUUCAACUUCUCCAAUACGUCCUUUUACAUUCUAUCAAUCCUCAUCCUUAUCCAUAUCAGAAUCCGCACAUUCCAAUAAUUCAAUUACAUUCUCUCACCAAAGAUUUAAUAAACCAAACGUUUCAAGUUUACAAAAUUGUUUAUUCAUAAUAGUUCCAAUUGAAAUUUUUAUAAUAAUAUGUUCACAUCUAACACCAUGGGAUCUAAUAUCACUCUUGAAAACUUGUCGUAAAUUUCAUAAUUAUUUAUCUUCAACCAUAUCUUCAACUACUCAUUUAAUCUGGAGAACUUCCCGACUAAAUACAAUCUUCUUUCCUAAAAUUCCUCCUCCAGAAGGUCUUAAUGAACGUGAAUAUUGUUACAUAUUAAUGCUUGAAAAAGGUUGCCAAUUUUGUGGUCAAAAUGGUGGUAGGGAUGUACGAAUCUAUUGGACAUUUCGAGUUAGAUCAUGUUGGGAUUGUUUAAUGAAGAGAACUGUUUGUGUUGAAAGUGGAAAUGAAAUUCCUGAAUAUGCGAGUGGUUUACCAUUUACUAAAUUCAGAUUAAAUGGUAUGUAUGGUUCAGAAUAUAUAGUUUUCUGGGCUAAUUCUGUAGCUCGUGCAAAAUACGAUUUCGAUAAGCUUUCGGAAACUGAACGUAUUGAAUGGAUACAACUCUCAAAACAACGAGCUAAAGAAAUUGAGAUUGAUUCUAUUUAUCGUGAAAAACUUGAUCAAAAAUUAUAUGACUUGGCAAUUUAUCAUAAAAAAUGUCAAAUUCUUUUAUAUUAUGAACUUUUAGCUUCUGAAUCAUGUCCAAAUGGAAAAUUACUCUAUAAUCGUUACCUUUUAGAUAUGUGCCCUUCUUUAAAUGAUGUAAUGUUAUUACCAAAUCAUUUAUUUGCUCGGAUAGAUUAUGAUAGCUGGAAAAAUAAAAUGUUGGAAGAAUAUCGAAAUAUUGAAAUGGAACGAAGAAUAAUUCCAAAGCGUUAUAAUCAAAUUAAAGAAAGAUUGGUCUAUUCCCCGUUAUAUAAACGUCCUGCUAUCUAUUGGAUAAAAUAUUGUCCUAGUUAUAAAUCUCCUCCAUAUCAUAAUAAUGACGCAAGAAUUCCAUGGAAUGACAAGUUUUUAGAUAAUGUGCUUAUACCGAGAAUUAUGACUGAGGCUACCUUAUGCGUGAAACAAGCUGAUGAGGCCACCCUUGUGCUAAAGUUUAUUGAAGACCUUUUAUGUAUGAGGAUUAGAACCGUAAGAGAUGCGUUAGCGUACGGGCUUGGUAAUGUUGAAAUGUUUAAAUGUAAUCUAUGUGACAAUUUAAGGUCUAACGAUAGUAGUGGUACUUUGAGGUCUAACGAUAAUAGUGGCAAUUUGAGUGGCAAUUUUGGGUCUAGUGACAAUAAUUUAGAUUAUGUAGACAAUUCGACAAUGUUAUAUAAUUAUAUUAAUGUCAAACAACAUAUUUACUUAAACCAUUUUGAUUGGUAUCAGAAUUUCUUUGAAAGAUGUGAGGAUAUCUGUAUAGAAAUAGACAUGAAAAUUGUACGAACUUUUUUAUUAAGUUGUUCGAACCAUUGGUUUUGGCAUGGUAUAUAUCCUUACAAAUUACCUGAUGAUUUAGCUGCAAUUUUAGUGAAUCGAAGGAUGAUUUGGUGGAGUUGA